AUGUCUUUCAGAGGAGACGGCGGCCGCCGGUAUGGCCAUUUGCCGCCGAUACAAUACCCAGUCCCUGGGCAAGAGCAGCACGCCUACCCUGCGAGGGCAAAUAGCUUCAACGCCGGCGACGAUGCUACCCUCAUCGACCCCGAUCGCCAGGGAGAGUCCGACCCGACGAGGCAAGCCGAACUCUUCAUGACGAGUCCGACAGGCUCCGCCGGCCACCAGCGGUAUCAUAGCCAGGCCCCUCCGACCCCAUCAACAUACAACCCACAAGACUUUGGAAGAUCGCAAUCAACUCUGCCUUACCACCCCGCUUCAAGGUAUGCUUCACCCGCCGCGCCUACCGCGACGAGCUACACCCCCCAGCCCGCGAACUACACACCUCCCACAUACGAUCCCUCGGCCUACGCAAGUGUCUCUUCACCACAGCGCCAGCCGUCUUACCAAGGCUACAACUCAUUUGCCCACAACUACACCAAUUCCACAGUGUCCCAGCCUUCGGCCGCCUCGUACGGCCAGUCGGCCAACCCUCCCUACAGCCCUACCUAUAAUCAUGGAAACACAUCUCCACAAGUACUUCAGUCACCAGGUAGUAAUCUGCAGUACGGGAACAGCCUGCCCAGUCCUGGUCAAUACUCAACCCAUUCAACGCCGUCUAUAGCUUCAACAGGCUUCCACUCGACCUGGGCGGGCAAUUACCCAUCUAACGGAACCACGUCCCCUCAAGGCUCCUACGCAUCCCAAACACCGUACCCGAACUACAUCCAAAUGCCGGUCGGACCGAACUACUCUGCAGCAGACCCCAAUGCUUUCAUCAGCGAUAAUAGGUCUCGCUCCAACUCGCAGAUGUCUGCGCUUCCAUCUCCGCCUCCGCAUACCCAGCCCGGAGGCGUUACGAGACAUCCAACGAAUGCCCCUCUUCCGAGCCGGCCUGUAGACCACGCCCCUGAGGAUGAUGAAUGGAAUCCUAUCGAUGACUACAUGACACAGGAUAGCCUCAUGCAGGACAUCGAAGCUGAGCUGGGCGGGAACGCGGGGGCACAACGGCCCAGGCCGAUCAAUGGCAAUAACCUGUCGGAUGACGAUCUGGACCGGCUUAGACGGUACGAUUCGCGUGCGUCGACCGUGCAAGGACCCGGUGGCGGUAGUGGAGUCAGGCGGUACGAUUCGACUGCGUCAACAUUAAACCAUGACAACGUGACGGCAACCUAUGAUUGGGAAGAUGAUGAGAGUGACCAGGAGGGGGCGGCUGGUCUUGCGCAGAUGGAACAGGAUCUGGAAGAAGAGAGGCGAUUCAGCGGUAAUACGCCUCUCUCAACAACGUCUACCCUGCCAAUUAUGAACCCUUCCUUGCCGACACCCGCGGAGGAGCAGGUUAGCGGCAGCGAUAUUGAAUAUGCUGCUGGGAUGGACAUCGGGCUCUUCAGUGGUGGCUAUGCGGGCAACUUGACUUAUGGAAAUGAUGUGACCUCUCCUCCAGCGAGGUCAACCUCGCUUCAGAACCGCGAGCGACCUCUGCCACCGCCACCGGUCGACCAAGAUCCGCCUUACCCUGAUGACGACAGCGAUGCAGACUACGGUGCGGCCAUGGACUAUGGUGGUACGGGUGGUUUGCAAGCUCCAACAACCCAGCGGCUCAGCUUCGACGAAGGCGAUGAGCGUGUGUCUCUGCACUCCAGAGCAAGCGCUAGUGAAUCGCCCGUUAAGGAAGAUCUUCCGGAUCUGUUCUUUCAUCCUGGACUCUCAAAUCGCCCAUUACCUGCCUUGCCGCCAGGAUCCGACACAAGUUCGUUGUUGUCGGUGCAGUCACCAAAUCGUGCACCCUACCAGCAUGGUUAUUCGCUCAGUGCCGACUCGAGAGCAGCUGGUGCUGAUGGGGUUCAAGGCCAACUCACUCAGCAGCAGGUUGAGAGGUCGAUCUCGCUGUCCAGUCAUAGCAAUACGCCACACGUCCAGGUACCUGGGCGGUCAAGAACAGACGCGGCAGAAGAGAGGAAGAAGGCACUCAGGGCCCAACAGCAACAGCAGCUCGGUCUGCACCCUGGUACUCUUCACGAAGGCUACGAGUCUGGUACACCAUCCUCGGUGGCUUACGAUAUGAUAACCCUGCCAACCGGACGCAAGAAAAGAUUCGUACCAGAGAAAUUGUCCUCGUCAGACGUUCGACGUUGUGCCGAGCCUUGGGCAUUGAGCAGCAUCGCCAAUUGGCUCCGUGAGAUGGCUGAAGGCGAGCCUGACCUGAAGCGGAAAUCCAUCGAAGAAGGCCUGGUCAAGCUUUUCACGACAAAAGUACCAACUAUGAAUGUCGCCGACGCAGAGACUCUGAGUACCAUGGUUACGGACCGGCUAUACGACGCUGGCAUCCUUAUUGAAGAAGAAGAAUGGGCCAAAUUUGGCCCUGGAUCUUUGUCGGGCGUUUUGUGGCAAUUGACAGGCUCCGGAUGCUAUGCGCCAAAAGUCCAUGAAAUCGAGAUUGCUGGCAGAUGCUACUCUCACCACUGCACAAGAACACUCAAGAAGGCCAGUUUGGACGACCUCAUGACGGAAGAGUCAACAACACAUGCUGAUUGGGCGACAUACUACAAGCUUGAUAAGUCUAUGGUAGAAGAUAAGGCAGCGAAAGAGAUUGAACGGCAAAACAUCCUCCAUGAGGUUGUUACCGGCGAAGAGGACUAUAUGAGCCAACUGGACGUCAUCCGGCUUCUCUACAAAGACCAGCUACGUGCAUGGCAACCGCCCAUCAUCCCGCCUGCAAAAAUCAACGGAUUUGUAGACAAGGUCUUUGGCAAGUUUGAUGCGAUUCAACAAGUCAACAAGGAAUACUUGCUCGCCCAGUUGAAGUACCGUCAGAAUGAGCAAGGGCCCUGGAUUGUUGGGUUUUCUGACAUCUUUCGGGAGUGGAUUCGCAAAGCAGAGCUGCCGUACCUGGAAUUCUCUACGGCUUAUCCUCUAGCCCAACUGGCAGUGCGCAAGGAGGCCUCACGUAACGUGCUAUUCGCCCAAUUUCUAGAGCAUGUACGAGGUCACAAGCGAUCGAAUCGUCUUGGCUGGGAUACAUUCCUGAAGUCGCCUAUUACCCGUCUGCAGAGGUAUAGUCUUCUCUUGCAGACCUGCCACAAGAAAAUGGUACAAGACAGCGAAGAGAAGGCCAACUUGACCAAGGCAAUCGACGAGAUCAGGGCGGUCACUAUGAAGUGUGAUGAAGCAGUCGCCCGCAGCAAGGGCAAGGUUGAUCUCCACACCCUGCAAACAGCGUUGAUUUUGCGACCUGGGUUCCAGUCGGUUCUGAAUCUGGACCACCUAGGAAGACAGCUGAUCCACAGAGGUGACCUGGCGAGGAUGGGAUCCAAAGGCGUGCGAUGGGUCGACACGCACGCUCUACUCUUCGACCACUAUUUCAUCCUGGCGAAGGAGUACCCUUCCAAGGAUGGUCGAGACAAGAAGUAUGAUGUGUCGAAAGAGCCAAUUCCUAUGCCUUUACUUUUCCUUGAGAGCAAGGACGAUGCGCCGAUCUCGAAGCAAAAGGGCAUUACAGCGCCUUUGGCACGAAAUGCGGCCGUCGCCAACGGACCUGGGGCCGCGGUCAACAAAACUCUCACCGGUGUCUCGGAUCGUCCUGUACUGGAACACACCCAAUCGGGGUCCUCGAUGAGCUCUAUGACUCGCAUUAAUACUGCGAGCUCUGAUCCGGACAACAUUUUGUGGCCUUUCAGGGUGAAGCACCUGGGUCAUGAAGUGUACACUUUGUUUGCGAAAUCUGAAAACGAGCGGGCGGCUUGGUGCACGAAGAUUAUCGAGGCCAAGGAGCAACACGCGAGGGCUUUGCAUGCACAGAACGCAGAGCCAUUCCGCCUGCGUGUCCUGGCGGAUGGCGCAUUUGCUUACGACUCAUUUUCUGUGGCAGGUAAGGCGCCAGGUGUUGCUAUUCAGGGCACUCCCCUUGAUCGGGCCAUCCGCGAGAUCGAGCAAGUUUAUGGCACCGGCCGGCCGCCACCCGUGUGCAGAGCUCAGGUGAACUGUGCCACGACCUUCACGGCAUUUGGCAAGUCCUUGAUCGCGAUAGGGACGGAUUAUGGCGUAUUUAUUUCCGAAACAUCUAAUCCACGCGGCUGGACCAGGUCUGUCCAAAUCAGCAGGGUAACACAAAUAGCUGUCCUCGAUGAGUUUUCCGUGUGUCUAGUCACAGCAGAUAGGUCCUUGAUCGCAUAUCCCCUGGAGAUCAUCGCGCCAACAGCCAACUUCCCCGCCACGGGCAAUGACAGCGCCCGCAAGGCACCGCAACGCCUGGCCAAAGACGUGACCUUCUUCGCAACGGCACGUAUGAAGGAACGCACGCUCGUCUUCUACAAGCGCAAAGAGGGCAUGCACACGACGUUCAAAGUCCUCGAGCCUGUGUUCCAGCGGUCCUCGGAGAAGCGACCACGGAUUUUCGGCGGCCGCCGCGGCGGAGCCGGCUCCACCGAGACGUUCCGCGACUUCGACGAAUUCUACCUCCCCACUGAAUGCUACUCGCUCAACCUGUUCCAGUCGUACGUUGCGGUGGCAACGGCCAAGGGGUUCGAGAUGUUGACCCUAGACAAGAAGCAGACCAUGUCUGUCCCAAGCGGGCUCAACCUGCCGGCCAUCGCUAACAUCGCCAACCGGAUCCGUGACCAGCGCCCGCUGGGCAUGUUCAAGCUGAACGACCAGGAGUUCCUACUCGCCUACGAGGAUUGCGCCGUGUAUGUGGACAAACACGGCGAAGUCUCGAGGACGCUGAUCAUGGAGUACUCGGGCAAGCAGAAGAAGGCGAGGGGCGCGACCAUGUUCGGGCAGUACCUCCUCCUCUUCAACGAGGACUACGUGGAGGUGCGCAACGCCGAAAACGGGCGGCUGAGGCAGAUCGUGGCCGGCCGUGACGUCCGUGUGCUGGAUCAAGGCUGCCGCGGACCCACGGGUGGCGGUGGUGUCGGCGCGGGCGCUGUGGCAGCCGGCUCAGCUGACUCCAAGGGCACGGUCAAGAUUGCCAUGAGCCACCCCGAGUCGAAGCCGGGCUCGCCCGGCGUGCAAAUCGUGCUGGAGCUGUUGCUCAACGAUGGGCACGACAAGGCUACCUAG